AUGAUCCUCAUUACAUAUCCACAAGUGGUAGAAUCUGCAACAUAUAUACUAAAUACAUCACAACAACACAAGAUAUUGACCGGCAUAAACGGAUCCGGCAAUGGUCUCAAAUUAUUGUUAAAUAUUGAAAGCUAUGAACGCGUAGAAAGUUGUACGACACAUUUUCGUACGAUGAGUUUACCGGGUCUUAAAAUUUUGAUUUACAAUCAAACUGAUGUUCCUGAGUCAUCGCUUGAAGGUGUUAACGUUCCUCCUGGUUAUACUAUGGAGAUUCCGUUCAGGAUGCAAAAGUUCCUUGCGGACAGAGCAGCUUCUAUAAACCCACCAUUUUGA